GAGGCGCGCGCGGAGGCAGUACGAGACACGCUUGCACGUGGCGCACGCGCAGUUUUCGCAUAACUUUCCGCGAUUUACGCGCGAUUUGCGCUCGUUUGCACCCUAACAUCACUUUCAUAUGUUACGUGGGGGGCGCUAGUUCACUUUCGGGUAGUGUGUGUGCUCUAACUUCUGGAGAGGAAUCGGGCUCUGCAUCCGAGGACCCUAGAUAUAUACAGCAAGCUGGAAAAGCCAACAUAGUAAAAUACAUAUUUACAAGAUACUGUCACAAUGGCUUUAGUACUACAAUACAUCAGUGAUAUGAAUAGUUAUAUGGAUAAGUAUGGAGAUCCUCGAACAAACCCAUGGUUCCUGAUGAGCUCACCACUUCCUACGUUAAUGAUAUGCCUAAGUUAUGUUUAUCUAGUCAAGGUUUUAGGGCCAAGGUAUAUGGAAAACAGAAAGCCUUUUGAAUUAACAAAUUUGUUAAUAGUAUAUAAUUUUUUACAAGUAUUGUUCAGCUCAUGGCUGUUCUAUGAGAGCAUGAUGGGAGGCUGGCUGAAACAUUACAGCCUUCGAUGCCAGCCAGUGGACUACACUGACAAUCCUAUAGCUAAUAGAAUCGGUGGCGCAGGGUGGUUCACAGGCAGGUAUAACUUUCAAUGUCAGCCGGUCGACCACUCGAAACAUCCACAAACGAUGAGGAUGGUUCAUGCAUGUUGGUGGUAUUACUUUUCAAAGUUUACAGAGUUCUUUGAUACGAUCUUCUUUGUGCUAAGAAAGAAAUUCGAUCAUGUAUCAACUCUCCACGUGAUCCACCACGGUGUGAUGCCCAUGUCCGUCUGGUUCGGAGUGAAAUUCACCCCUGGAGGUCAUUCAACAUUUUUCGGACUUUUAAACACGUUCGUGCACAUCAUCAUGUACUCUUACUACAUGGUAUCGGCGAUGGGACCUCGGUGGAAGCGAUUCCUGUGGUGGAAGAAAUACUUAACGACGCUACAAAUGGCUCAAUUCGUCGGCAUCAUGGUGCACGCGUUCCAGUUGCUCUUCAUCGAGUGCGACUACCCUCGCGCCUUCGUCUGGUGGAUCGGGAUGCACGCUGUUAUGUUCUUCUUCCUCUUCAAGGACUUCUACAACCAGUCUUACACCAAACCAAAGGUCCGCGCCAGCUCUCCGGCGCCGGUGACGACGGCCAUAAGCGAGGAGGUGACGUACAAAAACGGAUCCGUGAAGAACGGCUUCAGCAACGGGCACACCAACGGGCUCGUGCGCGCCCGCACCGUCCUCCCCGCGGGCAACUGACCCGCGAGAACGUUCUAGCAUUCCCUCGUCUGUGAUUUGUCCGAAGACGUUCGGCUCCAUUCGUAACCUCUCCUGCGGUACGGCGACGGACCUCCGCCGAUCGGCAACGGACGCACCGGUGAGCUCUCGGCCCGGUCCCUCCGUCGCCGAUCGUCGGGCCUCAUGAAAGUGAUUAUCUAGUGUAAAUGGGAGGUAUCGGCGGUGUACAUUUAUUUUUAUGAUACAAACGAUGGCUAGACAUGUGAUCGCAUGGCGUUUUCUACUUUUACAAUCGUCGCUUUUAGUUUAGUUACCUCUGAUAUUGUAAUACUCGACCGAGGGAAACGGAAAUCUACCGAGAAUUGUUUUCGAGCUUCGAGUUCGGUCCGAUGAUCCUACGAUGCUAUGAAAUCUAAUUAUUUUUAUAAAGAAAUUGUUUGCCAAUAGCUAUACAUAUAUUAUCUCCUUGACCUCCUUGACCGAGUUAUGUACCUCUGUAUUCGUUUAAGCGAGUGAUGAAAUUAUGAACCGAGUGAAAUGUUGCCAACUUUAAAUAACACGCCAAUCGUUUUUAUGUAUUUUAUUCUACCUUUGAUAAUUCUUUAAAAUGCCAACAAUCAAAUAUUAUUUGAACGUACUUCGGCGCAUAAUCGUCGCGUUCGUUCUAAUUCUCGCGUUUAAACUAUAUUUUCAAUUUCAGAGGUAUAUUUGUUUUUAUAAAGAUUUUUAUAGAUAGUUGUUAUUGUAAAGUCUGAACAUUUGAUAAUUUGAUCAAGAGUGAACAAAUUAUUUACUGUUUAUAAUUUUUAUAUGAAAUUGCGAUAAUGCAACGUCGUGUAUCCGGAAAUAAUGUUAAAAUGCAAUAUCCUCGAUAAUGUUGUUAUGAAUUUAUAUAAUUUUUGUAAUCUACUAGUUAAAUUUUAUGAAUUUGAGUAUACGAAACGUUCGAUUGCUGCUUUUACUAUUACUAAAUUAGUUUAAUACUUAUACCUACGCCGUAGACAAUUACUAACCGCGAGCUUAGUUUGGCAUGCUCAAAUUCAUCGACCUCGGUGAGAAGCAUAACUAGAAAAUAUUCAGAACUAGAUAUGUACAACGAAAGUGAUCCUUUGCGUCUGCCGCUGGCACAGACAGACAGUCAGACUUAAUAUACGCACAUUAAAUGUCAAUUCUCAAAUCCAUUUCCAACACAGGCGAUCAUUUUUUGUUUGGAAUUCAGUCAUAGGUUUUUCCACAGUUGUGUUGGCUAUUUAUUUUGUUUUAUUUAUUAACCGACUUCAGAAAUCACGAAAGUGGUUCACGAUGAUAAUUUUUAUACCAAAUAUGACAACUCGGGAUGCCUGCACACUUAGGUUACCAAAUGGUACAAAAUUAUUUAGUGAAAUUAGUUAACUCUGUGAGAACAUAAGUUUGCAGGUGACUCGAGGCAUUUCAAUUGGACAGGUUGACUUAGUUGACUCAUUUCACUUGAGAACCAAAUCAAUUAUGUUUGUCUUCCGUUAAUUUUUGUACUUACCAGAUGUAAGGUGCUUUGAAACAGCAUUGCUUCAUAGUUAUGCUCGCCAUUUUGUAAAUAUAUUGUUUCAUUAGUUAUAAAAACAUUGGUUUAUGUAAUACUGCAAUUUUUUACAAAAAAUGCAAAUAAACUAUAAGGGAAAUGUGUUAUUUUA